AUGCCGGAUCAAGGACGUGUUGUGUGCCGAGUGCUAGUUGUGAUGGUCUCAUUGAAUUUUAGCGUGAUCGGGCUCCUCGCUGACACUGUCCAUAUUCGUGGUGCCGGCGCAUCCUUCCCUUAUGACGUUUACUCCUCUUGGAUCUCUGCUUACGUGGCGCACAGACAAACGCACGUUAAGCUCAACAUGACGUACGUGAGCACCGGCAGUGGAGAGGGUAAGGCACGCAUCAAGGGAGUGUCCGUCUCAGGGGAACCUGUGGACUACGCCGGAUCGGAUUCUGUGCUAUCGGAGCAAGACUAUCAUCAGUACCCUGACCUUCAAAUGUUCCCCGUCAUGGCAGGGCCUAUCGUUGUGGCCUUCAAUGUUCCUGGUCUGAAAUCCCUUGUUCUGGACACCAUUCAUUUAGCUGCCAUCUACAGCGGAGAAAUAACCAGGUGGAAUGAUAGUGUUUUACAACACCUUAACCCGGAAGUAGUUCUCCCCGCAGAACACAUCGUCGUGAUUGCCCGUUCGGAUAAGUCCGGAACCACGGAGACUUUCACAGCAGCACUCUCCGCGGUGUCUCGUUCAUGGAAAGAAAACUACGGCAGCUUUAGCAGCGGACUCGACAAAAACGACAUCCCCGUCCGAUGGAACGCAUCUGUCGUAACGUCAUUCGCGCGGACAAACAGAGGGAUGGCCGGGAUGUUACUCUCUCAGAAGUUCUCAGUCGGCUAUAUGUCAAUUGCCAGCGCAACUGAUGCCAAAUUACCGUUUGCAGCCCUGGUGAACUCCGCUGGAAACGCUGUUGUUGCGAGCAUUGAAACUGUGCAGAACGCCAUGAAUGACUUUGCCAAAACCAUAGACGCUCGCUUGACUGUUCCUUUGAUCAAUGCCCCUGGGAAGUUCUCCUAUCCAAUCGCAGCGACUACGUACUUCAUAAUAUACUUGCAGAGUAUGAAGGACUGUAGAGUAGCAGCGGAGUUGAUGCGCUACAUUGAGUGGUUUCUCCGUGACAAAAUGGCUAGAAAUCUGUGUGAAUCGUUGGGAAUGGUUCCUCUUCCAGAAGAAAUGGUAGGUAUGAUUGAAGAACGCGCAUUAAGGAAAAUGACAUGUGAUGGAAAGAAUGUGUAUAAUAUGAUGUUAGAACAGCGCAGAGAAGAAUCAUCGGAACCAGAUCUGUUGACAACACCCAUUAUAAUUGUCAGUGUUGCCUUAGGCGUGGGUCUUUUUAUCUGGCUACUUAACUUUUUGCGACCCUACUUGAGGCGGCGUCUGGCUCUGAUUCGAAACGAGUGGAAAAUUGACUCAGAAAGCAUUGCCCUCCAUUCGGAUGGGUCGAGAUUUGGUUCUGCAAGCUCACGACGCAGACGGUCGCAGUCGGCCUCCCUGUCAUUCAGUAUGAACUCUUCAGUAAACAAUAUUACCUCUGGGCUGUACGGCAAGUGGAAUGGUCAUCGUGUUGUCUUAAAGCAUAGCUGUAUACCCUCUAUAGAAUCGGUGAGUAACGUCAAACUCCGUAGAUACCUAUUAUGGAUACGAGAUGUGGUAAAGCAUGAAAAUGUCACAAAGUUUUACGGAAUGACGUCUCUGGAAUUUACCUCUUAUUUGGUGAUAGAAAUGUGUCCCAAAGGAAGUUUAAGAGACUUUUUAGGUGACAGUAGAUUUAACUUGGAUGAAAAUUUUAAAUACUCCAUGGCACUGAAAGUGGCUCGAGGCAUGAGCUACCUCCACAGCAUUGGGAUCUUACAUGGUUAUUUGAAAGCUGCGAACUGUUACAUUGACGAAAAAUGGACAUUGAAAAUUUCAGUUUGGGAAAAGCAGACUUUAACCAGCAUGAUACAAGGCAGUUGGCUUGACGUGAAGGAGGAAAAUGCCUGGACCCGUGCGGCGUACUGGCAUGCCCCCGAGCUUUUGGCGACGCAGUCAGGUGGGAAACUGACUAAAGCUACAGACGUGUACAGUUUUAGUGUUGUUCUUCAAGAGAUUUUUACCUGUAACGACCCAUAUGUUGAGCUGAAAGAUGAUAUGACGCCGGAGGGUGUGGUAGAAGCAAUCAUGACCUCGGCUCUGAGGCCUGUGUUUACCCCUGAUACCCCCGCUCCCGUCAGGGAUAUCAUGAACAAAGCAUGGUCUAUGGACAUCAAGGAAAGACCCUCCUUCCUUCAGCUUGAAAAAAUGAUAAACGAGGCGAACCCUCACCGUGAGACAGUAGUAGAUAGCAUGCUUACAAAUCUGGAAAAGUGUCUGGCGGAGGUGGAGCAGCGCCUCGAGGACAAAACCUCUGAACUAGAAGCCUCGAUGAAGCGCACAGAAUCCAUGCUGAGGAAGGCCAUGCCUUCGUCCGUGGUUUCCAGUUUGCUAAACGGUCACGCUCUGAGUCCAGCGGACAUGAACAGCGUCUCCGUCCUCGUGCUCACCGUGUCCGGGAUCUGCAGAAUGGUCAGCAAACUUCCGGCCGCUCAAGCCGCGAAUCACGUCAGCAAAGUCUGCCACGAACUGGACAAUGUCGCCGAAAGCUACUCCGGCAUGUUGAAGCUGGAGUCUCUACCUGAUGUUCACAUAGUGGUGUCUGGCUUACCCGACCAACCACGUGAACACGCCGUGAUUGUCGCCUCUGUGGCGUUUGAGUUUCAGAGAGCCGUCAAACGUGUGCAAAGUCAACUGACUUCAUUUGAAGGGGUCGGACUCCGAAUAGGAAUACAUUCUGGGGCCACCGUCGCGACUGUUAUAGGGAAAUUCUCCCCGAAAUAUUGUGUCCUUGGAGAGACAGUAAAUCUGGCAUGGAAGUUGUCCUACUUAUGUAAACUUUGGAAGGUGCUAGUGUCUGAGGAAGUGUGCAAUCAGCUUGUAAACGUGAAUAAAUACUCACGAACUGCGGCGGGCUCCCUGAAAGAGGGAUCGCGAACACUCCGUACGUACUGGCUGGAAGAAAAGACGUUUUAG